UUGGUAUAUAAAGACUUAACAAAAUUGAAAUUGAGUAUAAUAUUGUUUAAACCUUUAAACAUAACAGUUAUCAAAAAAAAAUAUCGAACAAAAUGAAGACAACUUUUGCCUGUUUAUUGGUGGUAGUUUGCUUCGCCUUAGUGGCCGCUCAAAAACAAUACACCAACAAAUUCGAUAAUGUCGAUGUUGACAGCGUUUUGGGUAACAAUCGUAUUUUAACCAACUACAUUAAGUGUCUGAUGGAUAAAGGACCUUGCACACCCGAAGGACGUGAAUUGAAAAAACUCUUGCCCGAUGCCCUACAAAGCGAUUGUUCCAAAUGUACCGAUGUCCAGAGAAAGAAUUCCCAAAAGGUCAUCAAUUUCUUGCGUGCCAACAGACCCGGUGAAUGGAAAUUGCUUUUGGACAAAUACGAUCCCAGUGGCAACUACAGAGCCAAAUAUGAAAAACAAGGUUAAGUCCUAAAGCAACAAAUGAAUUUCAACAAGUUAAUUUCUUAUUUU